GCUGAUGAAAAUUGCACUCCCAACAUGUCAAGAUUAUUCCACAUUAUAGUAGUGGAGUGAAAAACAUUCGACAAUGGACUUCGCAAUUGUCUCCUGCAUCCCGGUCAAUUAUUUAAAUGAUCACUAACAAAUUCUCCGCUACCACAUGACACUCCGAGUUACGUAGUAACGACUGUUUGUAUUCAAAAUUGAAGACUGCUGGGAAAAAGUCAAUUAGUGCGCAGAGCGUUUGAUGAAUGGAGACAAAAAAAAUGUUGUCGAAUAUUGCUGAUUACGAGGAGAUUAAAUAAAUUACUCAAACAAAUUGAAGUCAUUUUAAGAUUGUCAUACUCCAUUCCUCGAAAUUUUGAAUUGUCAGAAAUUAAAGAGAACAUUGGGAUAACAUUUUAUCAUAAUGAAUUAUAAUAAAAUAUACUCUGAAGAUGAGGCCAAAGAUAGUUCAAUUAAGCUCCUUUGCUUUGACUUGACAAAAUAUAGUGAGAGAGUGAGAUUCAUCAGCUGUUCAAUAGGAAUAUUUUUUUUCUACCUUCUGUAUGGAUACCUUCAGGAGUUAAUAUUCACAUUAGAUGGAUUCCGACCCUACGGUUGGUACUUGACUCUCAUACAAUUCGCCUAUUACACAUUAUUCGGCUGGCUAGAGUGCAAAUUAAAAGGAGUGAAACGAAGAAUUCCUUUAUCAACCUACAUGAUGCUAGCCCUGCUCACCCUGGGCACAAUGGGCUUCUCCAACUCGUCACUAGGAUACUUAAACUACCCCACUCAAGUGAUUUUUAAGAGUUGCAAACUCAUUCCUGUGCUCAUUGGUGGGAUUAUCAUUCAAGGGAAAAAGUAUGGGCCCUUGGAUUUCAUAGCUGCUGGGUUGCUCUGCAUUGGGCUAGUUUUAUUUACUUUAGCGGACAGCAUGAUCUCCCCUCGAUUCAGUAUUAUCGGAGUGGCCAUGAUCAGCUGUGCUCUCUUGUGCGAUGCCAUUAUUGGAAAUGUACAGGAGAAAACUAUGAAGCAGCACAAGGCGACUAAUACCGAAGUAGUACUUUAUUCAUAUUGUUUAGGAUUUUUCUAUUUAUUGGUGAUCUUGAUCGCUACUGGGGAACUGCAAAAGGGUGCUGCCUUCUGUUCUGAUCAUCCCAUGGAGACAUACGGCUACGCCCUCUUAUUUUCCCUGAGUGGAUAUCUAGGAAUUCAAAUAGUGCUAACACUUGUUCAAACAAAUGGAGCAUUCGUUGCAGUGACAGUGACGACCUGCAGAAAGGCAGUGACAAUUUUAAUAAGUUUUCUCUUCUUCUACAAACCUUUUACCAUGCAGUACGUAUGGUCAGGUACGCUAGUUCUCCUGGGACUGUACCUGAAUGUUCACAGCAAGCAACGUGGAAGUGGAAUCAACGUUAAAGGUCUCCUCGUCUCCUUGCAACAGUGUUGGUCAAGGCACAAUAGAAUUCAACAGCAAUUGAUGACAAACGUGUGAUAAUUCAAAUGAAUAAACUUUUCGAUAAAUU